AUGGAAGACAACACGCUUCAAGCUGGCAGGAGCGCCCUCCCCCGACCGACCUCCCGACUGCCCAUGCCAAGGUCCACGGGCAUUCCCACUGCACUUCGACCAUCACAAUCAAGAGACAACCUGGCUGCCGCACCCGAGAUUGUAUCCUCCCGUUUGCGCCCCGCUGCUUCUAGGGAACGGCUUGCGCCCCCUGCCUCUGCCUCAGGAAUAAGCAAUAUCACCAAUCAACCAUCGCCCACAGCCUCCAAGAGCUCAAUCUCUUCACGGGGCCUUCCAAGACCUCGUCCGACCUCGAGCCUACCGACCUUCAGCCCCCUUCCCAAGCCUUCAAAGGCUACCGGCAAUGGAAAUGGUAAUGGCAAUGGGCUGUCACGGAUCCCUCCACCUCGAGAUCGCAUGGCAUCGCUGCCUGAGGAUGGUCACUCGCCUCGGGAACCCCACACCUCAAAGCUGCCGGGCCCCGGGCUGAGAAGAAAGUCGUCGGCACAAUGGAUCCCUGCGUCACAGUCCGCGUCGGCCAGGCAAAGGAGCACUAGUACCUCGACUUUGUCAAAUGGUUACGCGUCCAGUGACUCAUUCUCCCAGAACAGCCCUAUAGACGAGGAUAACGGUAUUACGGGCGACGACACCAUACGGGCCAAGACCUUGAAACCACGGCCGUCAUUGGCGGAACGGACGGUACAGACUCUCUCACGGUUGCCCUCGUCACCCGCCUUGAGAGGGAGGACCUCAAAUUCGAACUUCUUCGAGCCGGAACCGUCCAGGUCGGCUUCCAGACCUGCUAGCCGCAACUCUCGCCCCGGGUCGAGCCUCAGAAACGACAGCGCAAACCCGGUCAAGCCUCGACCUUCGCUUAGCAGGCCUGGGUCCAGUUCUGGCCCUCUUCAAGACUUGUCGAACCCCUUCAACCCGCAAGUGCCGCCUCUUGACAGUUCGCCGGCGCGUGGACGAGGGCUUGGCACUUUGCGGACACCCUCUACGUCGGGCUUGCGAGAACGCUCGAGAUCAAAGAUUGCAUCUGUACCAGGCUUACAACGGCCUCGUUCGACUACACCGAGUACAGAGGUGCCAGUUCUGGCCCCCGAAUCUCCCUUGAAUGGGCCCAAAACUUUGUCUACACGGACAAUUCAACAAAGGCCUUCUGUGAAUGGACUCUUCAAGAAGCCGGCCCUGCCAGCUGCGAAGAAACCGGCAUCAAUAUCCUCAGUUCCUAGCAAAGCCAAGACUGCACCCCUAAAGUCUCCAGCAACCGUGUCAGAUCGAAGCACGAACCUGUCUGCUGCAUCGACCACCUCAACGAAGUCAACAAGUGUUGGAGGAGACUCGCCGCCGCCUUUCAAAAAGUCGUCGGCAGCACUGCGUGACCAAAUUGCCAGGGCCAAAGCGGCUAAGCGUUCAGUAGCAGCCAAGAAGCCGCCGGUAGCAGAUGAGCCAGGCCAGGCAGCUGCUUGGGGCGAGUCACCCGUGGUCCCCACGGACGAUACAUUCGACUUUGGCUUGUCGGACGACCCGUUCAAUCUCAAUCGUGAUGCCAAUUCGACCUCCAAGAUCGUCAAGUCACGUGUCACAACUGCCAGGUCAAGUGGCAGGCUUAACAUUGCGGCCUUGGGCCUGAAAGAGAUCCCGAAAGAGGUUUUAGACAUGUACAGCUUGGAGUCCAUUGGCAAGUAUGACGGCAGUUGGGCAGAGAGCGUAGAUCUCACGAGAUUCGUUGCUGCGGACAACGAGCUGGAGAUAAUAGAUGAGAGUGUGUUUCCGGACAUUGACCCCGAGGAGCUGGCAGAAGACGAAGAUGCUCAAGGCAGCAUCUUCGCUGGGCUCGAGACGCUUGAUCUGCAUGGGAAUGUGCUAAUCGCACUGCCUGCUGGGCUGCGACGCCUUACCUUGCUGACGUCGUUGAACCUGUCCUCCAAUCGCCUUGCCAAUAAUUGCCUUGAGCCCAUAUCUCAGGUCAUAUCCCUGCGAGAUGUCAAGCUUGGUGGAAACCUGUUCUGGGGCACUCUCGAACCAUGCUUUGGCCGACUUAUCAACCUUGAAGUCCUCGACCUGCAUGGGAAUAGCCUUCAGGCACUUCCCCCCAGUUUUGCUGAGCUGCACCGUCUCCGCGUGCUCAACAUCAGCGAAAAUAGCUUUGAGUCUUUGCCAUUCGAUAUUCUGUCGGAACUGCCCCUGACGGAGCUGAAUGCGCGCAAAAACAAACUUACUGGGACUCUGUUGGACGAGGGGGUGGAGGUACUCCCAGCCUUGCAAAAUCUUGAUGUCUCAUCGAACCAGCUUACAAGUCUUGCUCGGGCGAAUACGGUACUUGCCAUGCCGGCACUGAGCCAGCUUUGUGUGUCGAUGAACCGGCUCCAGGCAUUGCCAGACGUCACCUCCUGGUUUGAGCUUAUCAACUUGGCCGCCGAUGAGAAUAAUAUCAAAGCGUUCCCCGAUGGCUUCACAAGCCUGCAGAAGCUGAGGAGUGCCGACUUCUCGAGUAACGAUAUCAGAACUGUCCCAGCCGAAAUUGCUCAUAUGGACAACUUGAAUUUGCUGAGGUUGAGCGGGAACCCCCUCAGAGACAAGAAGUUUGUGUCGGCCACCAUCGAAGAGCUCAAAGACGCACUCUCAGCACGGAUAGCGCCGCCGCCGACAGACUCGGACGAGUAUGACGGCGGCAAUGGGCCGAUUGCGGAGGCUUUGACCAGCAACGAAGUCAGCCCCUUGGACAAUGUGUUUGAGGAUGCACAUUCGUCGUCUUCUCAAGCAGUCCGUACCCACGGAGAGCACGACGAAGAAAACAGAACCGACACCGAUGAUUUUGCGACACCGCCGACGUCUUUACCCACUUCCCCUAUACGAACACGUUCCGCGCAGAGUUCCGCUCUCGUCUGGCCGGUGAAGGCUGGGGGCGUCCUGGACAGAUCCAACACACAAUCGUCGUCUCUUCAUCCUGUCGCUUGCUCCAAAGUGGCAAUGAACAAUGUGAUCCGUGAGGUACAGCUGCACCACAAUCUUUUCACUGCGCUGCCAGAGUCCCUCAGCUUCUUCGUCGACUCGCUGACCAUACUUUCGCUGGCUCACAAUCAGCUGGUUGGUGAAAGCUACCUCAACGUUGGCGAAGGCCUCGACCUCCCUUCUCUCAAGGAGCUCAACCUGUCGUCAAACCACAUCACCGGACUGGCGCCCCUGGUCAACCGCCUCCAAGCGCCCAGCCUUGAGAAGCUUGACGUCAGCGUUAACCGACUCGCGUCGAUACCUUCCAGCAGUGAUAGGGAGAAGGGAGGCAAGCUCCUGCGGGAUGUCUUCCCGAACCUGGCAGUUCUUCUCAUCGCGAACAAUCACCUUGCGGACCUGGACCCGGAGAGCAUCCGAGGCGUCAAGGUCGUAGACGCCUCGAACAACGACAUCUCACACCUGAACCCGCGGAUCGGACUGCUCGGUGGCGCUGGGGGCCUCGAGAAGCUGAUAGUAACUGGCAAUCGAUUCAGGGUACCAAGAUGGAAUGUGCUCGACAGGGGCACGGAGGCGACGCUGAGGUUCUUGAGGGGCCGUGUUCCUGUUGCGGACAUGGCUGCCUGGAGGGCCGAGAAGGGAAUGCCAGUGGACGAGGAGGUCAGCGACGUGGACUGA